AUGGUCAGCUGUACAUUGAUAAAACGGUUCACCUUUACGUUGAAACGAUCAAGUGGCAAAAGUGGUUGGGGACCAUAUCGUAAUAUUCGAAAAGGUGAUCACUUUGUUGGUACUGAACCACCUCCAUUGAAAUAUCAUGUG